ACCGAGGCAACACCCGAGGCAUCAAGAUACCACCCAACGAUUCCUAAACCUCCACCUGGUCCUGCCUAAGCACAGGACCUCAAAAUUUUCCAGUAAUAGGCAUCGGAAGCUACAGCCAUUCAGAGAAACGUGACUGGCGUCAGCGGGUAGCGGCGCGGCACGCCUUACCGCUAAUAAGGACUACAAUCCUGAGAAGAGGAAGAACCACCCUGACUCGACACGCUGCUGUUACGAGCUACCACGAGCAGGUAGCGACCAUCGCCUGCUACUGGCCACCACUGGCUACCAAACUGCCGCUGGCUGGAGACGUGCGACAGAGGGGAUCUAGAAGAAUCAGGACGAAGACGUUACCCACCUGAGAAAGAAGAGAGGGAAAAAUCGAGAAAGAGCAGAUCUCAACGUCAUCCCACGAGCUGCUUAAAAGCUGAUCUUUUUCGUCGCGAUUCGUUAAUACUUUCACAACGACGUCUCAUCAGAGAUCUCUGUCGAUCGGAGAAGUUAAGUUUGUUAAGAGCAAGAGAAGACGGAAACAUCGGUCACCAUGGGGAGCUUGAACGUCAAUCGCAAUGUCAGCGAUGCUUUUUAUCGCUACAAGAUGCCGCGGAUCCAGGCGAAGGUGGAGGGCAAGGGAAACGGUAUUAAGACAGUGAUCGUCAACAUGGUGGAUGUGGCGAAGGCGAUCGGCCGUCCGGCCACGUAUCCGACCAAGUACUUUGGUUGUGAGCUGGGCGCGCAGACGCAAUUUGACUUCAAGAACGAGCGUUUCAUCGUCAACGGCUCGCAUGACGCGACGAAGCUGCAGGACCUGCUGGAUGGUUUCAUUCGGAAAUACGUUCUUUGCCCGGCCUGCGACAAUCCGGAAACCGAGUUGAUGGUCAGCUCGAAGAAAGGCACGAUCUCACAGGGAUGCAAGGCGUGUGGACAUCAUGGCCUUCUCGAGAGCAAUCACAAGCUGAACACGUACAUCUUGAAGAAUCCGCCGAGCUUGAAUCCGGCGGUGCAGGGCAGUUCGUUGACAGAGGGUAAACGUGGCAAACGCUCGAAACGCGCCAACGGCGAUGCCGCGGGUACAGUCACCACCGCCACCGCCACCACCAACGGCAACGAUCGAUCUGGUUCGCCGGAAAAUGACGUCAACAACUCUGCAGACAUCGCGGUGGAACCGCCGCCAGUGAGAACGAUCAAUGACGACGGGGAUGAUCUUAAAUGGGCGGUGGAUGUGUCCGAGGAGGCGGUCAGAGCUCGUCUCCAAGAUCUGACAGAUGGUGCGAAGGGUAUGACUAUUAGCGAUGACCUUGACAAGAGUGAAAAGGAGCGCAUGGAUAUGUUCUACAAACUGGUCAAAUGCCGUCGCGAUGCCGGCCAGCUCGACAACAAUCACAAGGAGAUCGUGGCCGAGGCGGAGCGUCUCGAGAUUAAGACCAAGGCGCCAUUGAUUCUUGCCGAGCUGUUGUUCGAUCAGGGAAUCGCCGCGCAGGCGAAGAAAUAUCGGGUCCUACUGUUACGCUUCACUCACGACGAUAUUAAGGCGCAAAAAUAUUUGAUCAGAGGAAUCGAGCAAGUGAUCGCGCUGCAUAAGGAUGCGCUGAUGCCGAAGGUUCCCGGAAUCCUUAAGUUAUUUUAUGAUGCUGAUAUCCUGGAAGAGAAGGCAUUUGAUGAGUGGUCAAGUAAAGUCAGCAAGAAAUAUGUCUCAAAGGACCUGUCGCAGGAGAUCCAUGAUCGAGCCGCGCCAUUUUUAACAUGGUUGAAAGUUGCAGAGGAAGAGGAAUCUGAAUCCGAUGAAGAAGAUGAUGAUGUGGAGAUCGAAUACGACGACAGAGCCAAGCAGGAAUCCCUGAAACAAAAGCAGCCACCGGCCACGCCAAAGCCUGCCGCUACUACCGUCGCUGCCGCCGUAAACAAUGAUUCCGAGGAUGACUUCGAUAUCGAUGCCAUUUAAAGCAUUACGCAUACACCAUCGUAUACACGUACCAUACACAUAACACACACACACAGAUAUAGUAUAUACACACAAGCGCGACGGAUGACAAGAAACACUGGUCCGAGCUGUAAUAUCCGAGAAUGAAUAAUCAUUUUUCUCUCGAACAGAAUCGUGCAAAUGCAAUCUCAAGUUAUACGCAAAUAGAUAUAGGAUUUUCGUUGUUUUAGGCUGACAAGACGUAAUUAAACAAUGCCGUUUACAUGUGAAUGAAGGGGGGGAAAAAAGGAGAAAAAGAAAUUUUAACCGUUCCUAAGAGUUUAGAAUGAUUUAUGUAUGUACAGUAUAUUCGCAAUACUUUUAAUUAUUUUAACAAUGCAAAAACAAUACGCAUUUAUUGAAAGAUCGUUGUUUCUUUAACAUUGAAUCGAUUGUUGUCGAAACUUUUUUAAUGGUGCGCGUAUAUCUUGAAAUGCAUUCCUUUUCAGGCAAAAAAAAGACAUUCAUAAAGUUCAUGAGCGUUUCCUGGAAAUUGGCCUGCUAAAAGCGUUCUUUAUUGUAUUUACUUAUUGUAAUUAUUCAAAUAAAUAUGGUUUAUUGCAAUGAUCA